AUGAGAAUUUUGAAGUUCGCUAUAGAAUUGAGGUUCAAGCCGAAGGAAAGAUCAUUUCGAUAUUCGAAUACAGCGUUACACAUUGCAGUGACACACAAGAGGUUGGAUAUAACCAGAUAUUUACUGGACAACGGUGCUGAUGUUGAGGCAUAUAACAUAUUUUGGGAAACACCCUUGUUUUCCGCUAUUAAAUCCAAAAAAAUUGAGCAGGCGAUUAUACUCCUUCAGUACGGAGCGGAAAUAGAUUCAAGGAAUGGAGAUGAUAAUACAGUGCUGCACAUUUUAUGCUCUCAAGAGGAAGGAAUAGACAUGGAAAUGUGCGAGUUUUUGAUAGAUUGCGGACUUAACCCUAACUUGACGGGAAAAUUUGUGCAGACUCCAUUGCAUAUGCUUGCAAGAAACAAUAAAGCGCAUCAUGUAUUGGAUUGUGCCAAACUAUUAAUAGAGAAGGGAGUUGAUGUAAAUGCCAAGAAUGUAUUCGGCGAAACUGCUCUUCAGAUCUUAGCAGAUUAG